UGGGUUUCAGGUUUAAGGUGUAGAGGAGCUUUAUCUACAAGGCCACAACACGCGUAAAGGUGUCUGCGAAAUGAGACACUGAACUAAACAACCAAUUCUUAAGCUUCAAUCAUUCACGCCUGCAAUGGAGGCCUCAAGAAACUUGCUUCCCACUUCUCCACUGUUUCUUCUUCCAAGAGCACAUCUCAGGAAUUAUUCUACUCAUUCUUCUUCUUCUUCGGUUCCAAUUCUUUGCGAGCAAGCUACUCCUGCAGUCACCUCAGUGCCAACAACGUCCAUGUCUUGUUACUUCCCUAUGUCAGUGCUUUUACAAGAGCAGCGAGAUGACUUUAGGUCUUCUCUCCACAUAAUUAGGGAGGAUAAGACAUCCCAGGCAACAUUGGACAGGAGGCUGCUGGGUAAUAGGGCAUUGUUCCAUGAUGAGAAGAAAAACUCUGUAUCUGACCAAGAUCUGGAAGACUUUGAAAGACAGUUGCUCAAUAGUCCUGAUUUAUGGUAUUUUUGUCCAUGGGCCAACAACAAAUGCAGAUUACCAUCCUUGUACAAAGGGGAAAAACCAUUCUUAUCCUUGCCUAUGCAGUCAGUCACAGCACAUGCAGGUAGGGUUGUGGAUGUUAAGCCAUGUGAUGUACUUGCACUUGCAAAAGAAGCAGUUCUUGCCUCAAAACAAGCAGCCUCUAUAGCCCAAGAUUACCAACUAUUGGGAGCUGAUCUCAAUGAACGCCUAUUUGCCAGUUUGGGGCCCACAAAAUCAGCUGAUCUAAUUCCAGUUGAGGAGGAAGUGAUGGUAAAAUCAACGCGGCGGUUGGAGAGACGAUCAAAGAAGCGGAAGGUUCUGAAACUAAAAUUUGUUGACUCUAGUGCUUCUAAUUUGAAGAAGGCAGAUAAACAGAAAAAGAUACGCGAAGUUCUUGAUUCAAAUGAUCCCCUUCAGCUGUUUUUGUCGGGGCCUGAGAAGAAUCAACUUUUGACUGUGAAGGAAGAAGCUGAGCUGUUUGUUGAAGUACAGGAGUUACUCAGAUUAGAAGAAGUGAAGCAAAGACUUCAAUCUCAGUUUGAGCGUCAACCAACUUUGGUUGAAUGGGCUGAAGCUGUUGGGAUGAGUUGCCAGGUUUUGCAGUCGCACAUUAUUUCGGGUAACAGGAGUCGAGAAAAGAUGAUUUUUGCCAAUUUGCGUAUGGUGGUGCAUGUAGCUAAAAAAUACCAAGGACGGGGUCUGAGCCUUCAAGAUUUGCUGCAGGUGGGAAGCAUGGGUCUUAUGAAGAGUCUUGAGAAGUUCAUACCCCAGGCUGGUUGCAGAUUCUCUACAUAUGCUUACUGGUGGAUACGACAUUCAAUUAUGAAAGCCAUAUUUCAGAAUUCCAGGACAAUCCGUUUACCUGAGAAUGUAUAUAAUCUCCUGAACCAAGUAAAGAAAGCAAAGAACAUCUGCAUACGUGAAGGCUAUAACCCAACAAAUGAGCAGCUUGCAAAACAUGUUGGCAUUACUGUUCAGAAGUUGGAAAGACUGUUACUGUCUACACGAAGACCUCUCUCAAUGCAACAACAGGUUUGGACAGACCAAGAUACAACUUUUCAGGAGGUCACUGCAGAUCCUAAGGUUGAGAUCCCAGAUCUUUGUGUUGCGAAGCAGCUGAUGAGUCAGCAUGUGCGUAACCUCCUCAGCAUUCUCCCCUACAAGGAGAGGCGGAUAAUCCAGAUGCGAUAUGGAAUUGCUGAUGGAAAACAGAAAUCACUGGCAGAAAUUGGGUCCAUAUUCAAUUUGUCGAAGGAGAGGGUACGGCAACUGGAGAAACGAGCCCUGGACAAACUCAAGCAGUGCCUCUCAAGCCAAGGGCUCGGAGCUUAUGCUGAUUUGCUCAUUUAGAGGUAGAGAUAUUCGUAGGAAUGCCAUUCAUUUUCCUUUUUCUUUGGGGGCAGGGUGAACAUAGACAGAUUAAUGGAAUGAUUAUUCCAUUUUUGAGAUUGGGAAGAGAAUCAAUUCAUCACCCUCACAUCAGUAUUCAAAAUAGAUCUGUAAUAUAUAAGCAGUUGUACAUAUUAAUGUCUACACGCGUAAAUCUCUGUUUCUCUCAAAAUAUCAUUUGCUGGUAUCGAGAAUUUUAUUUUCUUCAGUUUCAUGAGAAGAUAAAUCUUGCUAGGUAGGUGAAGCCCUUGAAUGUUGAUCCCAAUCAUUAGCAGAACUUUUACAGGAGUAUUUGUCUAAUAAGCAUUGCCACAGGA